AGGCUGGCCUAUAUAAUGGGAAGCCACCAGGUUGGGUAGUGAGUGUACAGUGUGCUGACAUAGAGAAAUGAACUUUUUGCUGCUGAACCAGAUUGGCUGUCUUCUGUUAUUGGGAUUUCAUGUUCAGUAUGUUAUAGCUCAGGUUGAUCUUUCCCAAAAUGCUCAAGGUUAUGACUGUUCCCACAUCUGGGAAAGAAACAAUGACUCUAUCAGUGGGAUUUACACAAUAAAACCUCUGGGGGCCAUCGCAUCUUUUCAGGUUUUCUGUGAAAUGAAAGCUGAUGGGGGCUGGACACUCAUACAGAGACAUGACGGGCAAGAUGGUCUACUCUUCAACAGAGUAUGGGCUGAUUACAAAAUUGGAUUUGGAAACAUCUCGGGUGAGCACUGGCUGGGAUUAGAUCAAAUGUAUAUGCUGACCAACCAGGAUGGCAGAACCUCUAAGCUACUCAUCAGCCUUGGCACCUUUGAGGGAAAUGAAGCUUUCUCCUUGUACAGCUCAUUCAGAGUUGGUCCUCAGAGCAAUUUGUACCAGCUCUCUGUGGGAGAAUAUUCAGGAAGUGCUGGAGAUGCUUUUAGAGUGGGGAACAGCAAUCAAGAUGGCAGCUAUUUUAGCACUAAAGAUAAGGACAAUGACAAGUGUAUUUCAUGUAAGAUUGGUGACACCAGGUUUGCAAGUUGCAGCCGUUAUCAGUCUAGUUCUGGAUGGUGGUUUGGCAGCUGCGGCAAUGCGAAUCUGAAUGGUCAGUGGCGCCCUGAAGAAAAUAAUGUGGGCUGGGCCUCUUCAGUGUACUGGGGGACAUACCGAAUCGUGGAAUCACUGAAAUACAGCAAGAUGUUUGUUGGGAAUUAUCCCUCUAUAUAACUCAUACAAAACCAAAUCUUUGCACCUAUUGUUAUAUAGUAUUACUAGAGAUAUUCUCUAAUAUCUUGUACAGUCACAGGAUAUUGCUGUUUGAUGUUCCUGUUUAUUUUUAUUUUGUAUUAUAUUAUUAAUGAUAUUAUCAGAUGUUUAUUUUUUUUUUUUGCAAUCUUUUGGAUAAAAAAUUUAAAAAAAUGUGAUAA